AAAAACUUACGAUUUUACGCUUCUAGUCCACUAAAACACUUUACGUUUUUACUUCACUGAAUGGGUCUUCUUUUAAUGAAAUUAAUUAUAUAAAGUAAAUUUUAAAAAUAAAUCACCGACAAUAUGAUAUUAAAAGAUGCAUACCAGAUACUUAGAUGCAUUAUGAACUUCAAUAAAGUAAUCUAAUUCACUAUCUAGCAUGGAUUACGAAACCGUACCGGACAUCAAACCGGAAUCGUAUUUGGCAUGGUAAAUCGUGGUACAACCAUGGUUCAACCGUUUCCUACCGGUAAAUACCGUUUUUGAAAUAAAAAAAUUAUUUUUUUGUUAAAAAACCGUACCGUCAAAAUUAGGGUACCAUACCGGGAAAAUACCGGAAUAAAACCGGAUUAUACCGCCUCCCAACUUAGGUAACCAGAGCGUGAAGCGAGAGCGGGAGCGGGAGCAAGAGGGAGAGCGUCAGAGCGCCAAUCUAUUAAGAAUUCAAAUUUGAGAGCGUGAACAAAACGUCAAUAUUUUAUUAUUCUUAAUUAUUAUUAUAUAAAUAUAAUUUAAGGAAAUACUAUUUUGGUAUUUUACUAUUUUCUAAAUCCUCAAUUCCUUACCCAUCUUUGACAAAAAAAAGGGUAAAUACAAUUUAAUAUCCAAACAUUUUAUUUUAAACAAUAUAAUAGCCAAACCUUUUCGAAAACAAUCUAAUAUCCAAAUCGUCAACUUUCUGUCUGUUUGACCAUUAGUUGACACUUCAAAAAAGUUUGAAGUACGACACUUCAUCAAUAUCCAUCGAUAUCUUCUCCGAAAAACACCCAACAUAUCGUAGUUCCAAACCCGAGAAGUCCAUGACUCCACCAUGAUGGUAUAGAAUAUCUAAAUAUUCAGUCAUCUGCAAUGCUAAAACAAGAAACAAAGUUGUAUUGUGACAAUUUCACCUAAACAAAGCUUUUUUGAAGUGUAAACUAACGGUCAAACGAACGUAAAAUUGACAAUUUGGAUAUUAGAUUGUUUUCGAAAAGGUUUGGUUAUUAUAUUGUUUAAAAUGAAAGGUUUGGAUAUUAAAUUGUAUUUACCCAAAAAAAAAUCACCAUUACUUAUGCGUUUCUUUCUUCUCUAGUCUGUGACAGCUGUCUACCUUCCAUUCUAUUCCAAUCGAGUUUUUUUUUUUUUACUUUCCCUUCUUCACUUUUCCUUUAUGUUUCACUCUCCUUUGCACUUCGUAUUCCUUCCCCACCAACUAUUCCAGAGCUUUCUUCAAUGGUGGAUUUGCCCAACUCAACAAAAAUCACCCUCUCUUCAUUAAUUAAGCUGAGAAUCCAGCAUCCCUGCUCGCCUCCUCCGUCCUCACGGUUCCAAUUUCAAUUUAUGGCGUCGCUCAACGAUAUGAUUUUGGCGGAGAUGGAAGGGAAUAAUGGCAGGAGGCGGAGAAGGGAUUGCAUUUGAUUUGAGAUGGCAACACAGCCGCCAACGGGGACGAAAUUCAAAGCGUCGAUGAACCACAGGCCGACUUGCUGGUAGCGCCACCGCGGCAGAGGCGGUCUUCCUCGACCAUCGUGUGCACGAGAUCAUCCUCGUUUGUGACGGAGAUUAUGGCGUCGAGAUCUUCUUCAUCUUCUCACCUCCUCUCCUCUGUGAUUUCUCCAUAGGCCUGUCUAUGGGAGCGACCAGCGAGGCUUCAAGAAGAAUCGGCUGACGGUCAACGGUCGGAAAAGACGAAUGACGAACAACAGGGGAGAAGGAAUUGAAGAACCGCCGGCUGAAUCAAAACCGGCCGGUAUUUCGCUAAAGGUCGGUUCAAUGGAAAAUACCGGCCGGCACUCUUAUUUCUCGGAAUAUAAGCUACCGUAUCGGGACUUGCCUGGUUUCCGGUUUUCCCGGUUCUACCGGCCGGUGCGGCACGGUAAAGCAGUCCUUGCUAUCUAGGCUCUUCUCAAAUUCAUUAGCAUGGAGGGGAAGGUGACUUUUUUAUAAGAUUUAUAUUCAUGAACUUAUUAUUAAUUAGGAGGCUAUAAGUUGCUCUACUUUAGACAUGAAUUGCAAGUAUUUAUUAACUUAUCUGAAUUUUGUGCACUCAUAUUUUUCAUAGUAUAUGUCGUACUUAACAUAUUUUUAGUUCUUUUAUAAUAUGUGUCAAACACUUACGCUUUUACGCUUUAAUUCUAUGCUUUACGAUUUUACCCCUUUUCCGCUUCUAGAUAGAUUCGCGCUUUUAACUGCAUUGGAUAAGAGCACCACUGUUAGUUUAAGCGCUCAGAAUCUUCUCAUGUACCAUGGGCUCGAUAUUUUGGAUAAGUUAUUUAGGUGCAUAGUUUAUAUUGAUGAAGGUGUGUAUAACUGACUCGUAAUCCUUAAGAGUCUUAGACAGUUAGAAUUGAGAAGAUUGAGUGGUACAUAUUAUGAGGAGCUAUGUUUAUUCAAAAACAGAUCAUGUUAUCAGUAACGUUGCAAGUUUUUAGGAGCACCAGGUCAAUGAUUAGAGUUCAGUGGAUGGCCGAGUUUGUUGUUUGGUAGAUUAUACUUAACCUAUUUUUCACUAAUUCAAUAAAUUUUUAAUCAGUUU